UCCCCUGUUUCGUUUUGUGAUAUCGCCCAUCUCUAGUUGAUGCACAUGCCUGACGAAGUGGACGAAUCUGACUGCUGCGGCAAUGGGUGCACGAACUGCAUUCUUGACAAUAGGCCAGCACCCAGCCAGCGUGCACUUUUGGCUGGCAAACGUAACGUCAUCGAAAACUAUGCCAGAUUCCGACUGCUCAGCAAUGAGGCAAUGAACGGCGAUGCACAGGUGCGAAUUUUGCACUUUGGCCACACUUUGACUGAGGAUGCGGACGAUGAUGACGACAGCAUAUUGGACAUUCCGCCUGGUCAUCAUAUAAUGUUGCGCGCUGAGCUUGCUGGCCAUGCCGUGUUGCGACCCUACUCACCCUACUGGACAGACUUUGUGGGCAAACAGUUCAAAAUUGUGGUCAAGCUGCGAGCAGGCGGACCCAUGUCCGAUUAUUUGGCAACGUUGCAGCCGAUGCAAGUGCUGCAAUUUCGCGGACCCAUUGGCAACUAUGCGCACGACGCAAGCCGUGCCAAAUGCAUAUUCAUUAUAGCACAGGGCGUGGCAAUUGCCCCGACGCUUCCACUGGUCGCCGAGGUGCUGGACAACGAAGAUGACAUGUGUUGCAUACGGCAUUUGAUAUGCGCACAGGAUCUGCAACAUGUCUACUUUCGGGAUCGUUUGCUAGACUUUGCCCAGUACUGGAAUUACAAUCACUGUCUCUAUUUGGCGCAUCAGCGUUGUGCUUUCUGUGCCGAUGGCUGUGAUGAGUCGUGUGAGCAGCUGCGCAAGAGUUUGCGCUACAGGGAAACGGUGCACACCGGGCGUCUGGAUGCCAACCGCCUAGCAUCACAUCGUCCAGUAUCGUCCAGCAAUGCGGCGGCGGCUGCUCCCAUUGUAAUCAUAUCGGGGCAUUCAAGUUUUCAGCAGGCAAUGCGAGAGACUGCAGCCAGCGUUUUAGCUGUGCCAGACGAACAUAUUUUCCUACUCUAAUUUACCGACUAGUAGAAAGUGGAAGACAUACAUCCUGCUCCUGGAACCAUUCACAACUCUUGACAAAUGUAUGUAUUGCAGCAGCAACAACAUUAAAGGGACGUCUUCCUCUCA